GUACGUCAAGCAGGAGGCUUGGACGCGUCCCGGGUAGACCAGGUCCGCUAGAGUUCUGGUUGAGGAACUUCUGUUGGUGUUUGGGGCCGCAGGAAUCUGCAACCAUGGAUGACUCACAUGUGCCUCGAGACCUGCUUUAGAUUUGGGUUUUCCUGAAAUCCUUGCAACUACACUAAUGUUGAAUGAAUUGUAGAACAGACCUAUGGACUUCUUCAAACUUAAAGUUCUGUCUCUUUCCUCCCAAGGAUUCAUUAUUGGUACUAUGACAAGAGCACGAGAAUCUGAAUUAGGUAGAAUUAGAAUUUUGAAGCACUGUCUUGAAGACUCAAGACUGUAAUUCUGGCUACUUGGGAAGUAGAAGCAGGAAAUUUGUAGACACAAGGCCUGCUUGGUCUACAAGGCCAGUGGUGGCAGAGUCAACAUUGAACUAUGCUUCGUGGUGUUCUUGGAAAGGCCUUUCGACUUGCUGGCUAUACCAUUCAAUAUGGCUGUAUAGCUCAUUGUGCUUUUGAAUACGUUGGUGGUGUUGUAAUGUGUUCUGGACCAUCAAUGGAACCCACAAUUCAAAAUUCAGAUAUUGUCUUUGCAGAAAAUCUUAGUCGACAUUUUUAUGCUAUCCAAAGAGGUGACAUUGUAAUUGCAAAAAGUCCAAGUGAUCCAAAAUCAAAUAUUUGUAAAAGAGUAAUUGGUUUGGAAGGAGAUAAAAUCCUUACUACCAGUUCAUCAGAUAUCUUUAAAAGCCAUAAUUAUGUGCCAACAGGUCAUGUUUGGUUAGAAGGUGACAACUUAGAGAAUUCUACAGACUCCAGGUACUACGGCCCUAUCCCAUACGGGCUAAUACGAGGACGGAUCUUCUUUAAGAUUUGGCCUUUCAGUGAUUUUGGAUUUCUGCGUGACAGCCCAAAUGGCCACAGAUUUUCUGAUGAUUAGCAAGCAUUUACUUUUUUGACUUGAUUAUUGUCUCCUAUUCAAAUGAAUUUAUUACUGCAGUUGAAACCAUGAACUUACAAAUAAACUAUUUGCUA